CGCGCGGGCCGUGUGUGCGCGCUCUGCCGCUCCGGGAGGAAGAUGGCCCGGGAGGGAAAGUUGGGGUGACGCGCGCUGCCCCCGGACGCUCGCCAGGGGGCACGGAGGCGAGCCCGACAGAGCGGUGGCCACCCAGACUGGGGGGCACGCAGUCUGGGCACCACCGUCACCACGCCCGCCCCCUCACUGCAGGUGGCCGUGGGAGCUCCGAGUCCGGGUGGCCCGGGGGCGCGGGCGGGCGCGCGCGGGGGAGCCCGGCUGAGGGAUGGGCUGCGCCCCCAGCAUCCAUGUCUCGCAGAGCGGUGUGAUCUACUGCCGGGACUCGGAUGAGUCCAACUCGCCCCGCCAGACCAGCAGCGUGUCGCAGGGCCCCACGGCACCCCUGCACGGCCUCUUCGUGCAGACCGACGCCGCCGACGCCAUGCCCCCGAGUCGCGCGGCGGGACCCCCGGGCGCUGUCCGAGUCCGCAGAUCCCGGGCUGAACUGGGCAGCGGCAGCAGCACCGGGUCCUCGGGCCCCGCCACGACCACCUGCCGGGGCCGGAGGCGCCACUGCUGCAGCAGCGCCGAGGCCGAGACCCAGACUAGCUACACCAGCGUCAAGCAGGUGUCUUCUGCAGAGGUGCGCAUCGGGCCCAUGAGACUGACACAGGACCCUAUUCAGGUUCUGCUAAUCUUCGCAAAGGAAGAUAGCCAGAGUGAUGGCUUCUGGUGGGCCUGUGACAGAGCUGGCUACAGAUGCAACAUUGCUCGCACUCCAGAGUCGGCCCUGGAGUGCUUUCUGGACAAGCAUCAUGAAAUUAUUGUGAUCGAUCACAGGCAGAGCCGGAACUUUGAUGCAGAAGCCGUGUGCAGGUCAAUCCGGGCCACGAACCCCUCUGAGCACACGGUGAUCCUGGCUGUCGUUUCACAAGCAUCUGAUGACCAUGAAGAGGCCUCAGUCCUUCCUCUUCUUCAUGCAGGCUUCAACCGGAGAUUUAUGGAGAACAGCAGCAUAAUUGCUUGCUAUAAUGAACUGAUUCAAAUAGAACACGGGGAAGUUCGCUCACAGUUCAAAUUACGGGCCUGUAAUUCAGUGUUUACAGCGUUAGACCACUGUCACGAAGCCAUAGAAAUAACAAGUGAUGACCAUGUGAUUCAGAUUCACCGGAUUCAUCGUGACUCCGGGGACAACUCUCAGACAGAGCCUCAUUCGUUCAGACACAAGAGCAGGAGGAAAGAGUCCAUUGAUGUGAAAUCAAUAUCUUCUCGGGGCAGUGACGCGCCAAGCCUACAGAAUCGCCGCUACCCCUCCAUGGCGAGGAUCCACUCCAUGACCAUUGAGGCUCCCAUCACAAAGGUUAUAAAUAUAAUCAAUGCAGCUCAGGAGAACAGCCCAGUUACAGUAGCAGAGGCCUUGGACAGAGUCCUAGAAAUUUUACGGACCACAGAACUGUAUUCCCCUCAGCUGGGAACCAAAGAUGAGGAUCCCCACACCAGUGACCUUGUUGGGGGCCUGAUGACUGAUGGCUUGAGGAGACUGUCAGGGAACGAGUAUGUGUUUACAAAGAAUGUACACCACAGUCACAGUCACCUCGCGAUGCCCAUCACCAUCAAUGAUGUCCCCCCAAGUAUCGCCCAGCUCCUUGAUAAUGAGGAAAGCUGGGACUUCAACAUCUUUGAAUUGGAAGCCAUUACACAUAAAAGGCCACUUGUGUACCUGGGCUUAAAGGUCUUCUCUCGGUUUGGAGUAUGUGAAUUUUUAAACUGUACUGAAACCACUCUUCGGGCCUGGCUGCAAGUGAUUGAAGCCAACUACCACUCCUCCAACGCCUACCACAACUCCACCCACGCUGCCGAUGUACUGCAUGCCACGGCUUUCUUCCUUGGAAAGGAAAGAGUGAAGGGAAGCCUGGACCAGCUGGAUGAGGUGGCUGCUCUGAUUGCUGCCACAGUCCACGACGUGGAUCACCCCGGAAGGACCAACUCUUUCCUGUGCAACGCCGGCAGCGAGCUUGCUGUGCUCUACAAUGACACUGCAGUCUUAGAGAGUCACCACACAGCCCUGGCCUUCCAGCUCACAGUCAAGGACACCAAGUGCAACAUUUUCAAGAAUAUUGACAGGAACCACUAUCGAACGCUGCGCCAGGCUAUUAUCGACAUGGUUUUGGCUACGGAGAUGACAAAACACUUCGAACAUGUGAACAAAUUCGUGAACAGCAUCAACAAGCCACUGGCAGCAGAGAGUGAGGGCAGUGAUUGUGAAUGCAACCCUACCGGGAAGAACUUUCCUGAAAACCAAAUCCUCAUCAAACGCAUGAUGAUUAAGUGUGCCGACGUGGCCAACCCGUGCCGGCCCUUGGACCUGUGCAUUGAAUGGGCUGGAAGGAUCUCUGAGGAGUACUUUGCUCAGACUGAUGAAGAGAAGAGGCAGGGGCUGCCUGUGGUGAUGCCAGUGUUUGACCGCAAUACCUGCAGCAUCCCCAAGUCCCAGAUCUCCUUCAUCGACUACUUCAUAACAGACAUGUUUGAUGCUUGGGAUGCCUUCGCUCACCUGCCUGCCCUGAUGCAGCACCUGGCCGAUAACUAUAAACACUGGAAGACACUGGAUGACCUCAAGUGCAAAACUCUGAGACUUCCAUCUGACAGCUGAAGCCACGCCCAAGAAGGGGACACUGUGAAUCACAGGGUAGAACAAGCAAGAGGGUUUCCUUUAAAAUGGAAAUGACAGGCGGACACUAAGGGGAUGGUGUUUAAUUUCCUACCUGAAUCAUGCACGCCCCCAAACUUCAUUUCCAGAAACUUAUAUUCCAUCAAUAAAAAUAUGUUCCUUUGAAUCACUCAGUGACAAAACGAGCCGCCCGGCAGCCUCUUCUGCCAAGCUGUUAGCCUGCGUGCCCUUGUAAAGCCCACGGAGCUGACUGACUUACUGACGGUACAAGCAGGACACGAGAAGCAAAGACCUGUUGUGUGUCCAUCCUCCUGACGGAGGCCAGGUAGCUUAGCCGGGGUUCAGCUCAACUGUUACCAGAAAACUAACUACUGGGGCUUUCCUCAGUGGCAAAAGGAUGAAGGAUUCCUAAACAUCCUCUCUGAGCAAAUGGAUGUGAGCAAGGAGCUCAUUAAAAUGAGCAGAAUGAGAAUGAAAUGAUAAGUAAACUAGUUAGUUAGCACUGUGGUUCCCAUGGCUACAUGGGAGACGGUGUGAUAUCCAAGUCUGAACACAGCCUGGGCCUGCCGGGUGUCCCAUGGAUGGGCAUCAGCCACCUGUGUAGCUCCUUUUCCUCCGUGGAACCUGCCUUUUGGAAGCCAGCUGAUAGGGAAGGAGUAGGAUCCCAGUUAGGGGAGUCCUUGAGCACCCCUUACUUCAGGCUCAAGGACACAGCCACAAGUCAGAGUAUCUAUAAAGCCAUUAAGUCUGAAUGCUCCUGGGUAAGGUUUUUUUUAAAAAAAAAUUAAGAGAAGAUAAAUUUAUAUAUAUUUGCUGUUCAAAGAUUUUUAUUAAAAUAAUCUAAAUGUCCUGAAUCUUCACCCUAGUUUGCUGGGCAUUACCUGUCUGUCUGUAUUUGGGGAGGAAAUGGGGAAGUUUCAAGGUUCGGAUAUCCUUAAUUUAUAUUUGAGAUCAUGCCAUUUGCUUUAAUGAUGUAAAAAGAGACUGUAAGAAGUGUAGAUAUGUCGGGACAGAGGCAUGGAGAGGCAGUAAAUACUAUUUUACGCUACCACCCAUAUGUUGACGUUCCUAAAGCACAAGGGCAUAUUUUUAUACAACUUUUCACAAGGCUCUGUGCUCUGCAUACGGUCAGACAGAUCUCCCCUCUCUCUUGUCAGCCAUCCCGCCUCUAUGUGUUACGAACAUCAGAAACCAAGUAAACAAAAUACCUUACUUUUAUUUUAUCUGUACUCCAUGAUGCAUUUUAAAGAUGUAUAGAAACUGAACUGAUAGAAUCAGUAGCUACAUUUUUUUUUCCAAGUGAACAUUGGACCUUGGAGUAUGUGGAAAUUGGUACAUGGGGAAGAAAGAGACAACUUACCACUACGUAAUGUGCCAAUGGUUUUUUUCUAUGUUUUGUACCAAAGUGUAACCAUAUAUGACAAUUCCAUGCAAAGAAAUGCAUCUCGAUUAUUUUUGUUAGAUGGUGAGAGGGCUUGCUUGCUCAGGACAGGAGAAGGCUUUCUAUUGUACUGCUGCGUUAUCUACAUGUGAUGAAAUGUUUUUGUGAAGUACUUGUAACUAAAUUCUUACAGCCAUUUUUCAUUCCCAACAGCUGUUUUUAUUUUAUCUCUUUGGCCUAAACUUUUCACAAUUUCAAAUUUGGGGUUUUAGUGUCUUAUUUCACGAGUCUCCAACUUUGUUUCGGAACACUGGUGUCAGAGUGGCAGGACCUCAGAAACAAAAACAAUCUCCUUAGGCUUCGGAAACCAGCCCGAUCCAAGGGCAAUCUAGGAACACUUAUCAGGUGCCUGACAUUUCCUAUAUAAAACACUACAGCUUGCUCAGAGUUACUCUGAAUCAAUUUCGAGUUAGCUUCAAAUAUGGAUGUUGAAUGCUCUGGACAUCCAGGCGCUGACGCUUAGGAAUAGCCUGCUCCUGCCAGUGUAAAUCCCAGAUAUCUUCUGAGUUGCUAUGUGGCAUAUUCUUCCAAUUUAUUGGAAUCAUGGACUUCUGGGUAACGUUCAUG